AGGGAUUUAAUUGAUGCAUAAUAAUAAGAUGAAUGAAGAUUUGUUCUUGAAACAAAUUGCAAUUCAAAUCAGAAAUGAAGGCCAUUUUCCCUAAUUCGCCCCAACUAUUUGAGUAGUUGACUAGAGAAGAUGGCUCUUCUUCUCCUCUACACUAGAUGGUAGAGUGAUUUACUACAACCAUUUUGAAAAUUUGUUUUCUUUUAUUGCAAGCAAAAAUAGGUUACUCAUCAUUUUCCGUGUAACAUACUAAGGAUAAGUUCAUUUUUUUCUUAUAUUGGGGACAUUUAUGUUGGUAAUUGAUCGAUCUUGAUAUCACCUUGAUCUUUUAGAAUGCCAAGCGGACAGGAAAAAUUCGUUUGUAUUGGAGACUUUAAGGGAUGGGGAUACACUAACAGCGACGUUCGAGGAUACCUGGCAUCUCUAUCAAUCUUACAGGAUUGUUACCCAGAGAGGCUAGGCAAGUUAUUUGUAGUCCAUGUGCCAUAUGUAUUUAUGACGGCAUGGAAGGCUGUCUAUCCAUUUAUCGACAAGAAAACAAAAAAGAAGAUAGUUUUUGUGGAGGAUAAAAAGCUGAAAUCAACUCUGCUUGCUGACAUUGAUGAGAGCCAACUCCCAGAGAUCUAUGGAGGCAAACUACCAUCGGUUCCUAUACAAGACUGUUAAUUAGAGUAGCCAAUUUUCAGAGACCUUGGAACCAUUCAUAUUCCUAUACACGACUGUCAAUUAGGUGAUUCAUGUCAUUUAACCUUCUGAAAAAGGGAAAGUUAAAGAGGAAGCUGCUGCCAGUUUUUAUCUUCUAACAAUGCUUGUGUUACAAAAUUGAUAUUGUUUAUAUCAUUAAGCAUUUGAUA